UGUACUUGAAGGGUUUGGUUAAUUAAGGCUCUCGUUGAGAGAGAAACUAUGGUGGUGCAUUUCUCUAUGGCUAGAGUGUGGGUACAGUUCAAGACUACAGGAUAACGCCACAAGAAAGGGACACAGGAUUAUCGGAGCCCCUCAAGAUGAAGCAAUGUUUUUAUAAUGAGAGCAUUGUAUUUUUUUACAACAACAGUGGGAAAGAGCUUUCCACAGAAUGGAGAACCAAAGACAAACUGGUAGUGGUUCUCGGACUUAUUGUUUGCUUUUUUGUGCUUUUUACCAACCUACUUGUCAUUACGGCCAUCAUCAUAAACAAACGGUUUCAUUAUCCCAUUUAUUAUCUACUUGGAAACUUAGCUGCGGCGGAUUUAUUUGCUGGGGUGGCGUACAUGUACCUCAUGUUUCAUACUGGGCCUCGGACGGCUAGCCUCACUGUUAAAACUUGGCUCGUUCGACAGAGUUUGUUGGACACUAGUCUGACCGCUUCGGUGGCUAAUCUUUUGGCCAUAGCAGUGGAGAGACAUCAAACUGUAUUUACCAUGCAACUUCAUAGCAAAAUGUCCAACCAGAGGGUGUGUAUACUUAUUGCUUGUAUCUGGAUUACCGCUUUACUGUUGGGUCUGAUCCCUUCCUUUGGAUGGCACUGUAUGUGCAGUCUCGAUAAGUGUUCCAGGAUGGCUCCACUCUAUAGCCAAAGCUACUUAAUUUUCUGGGCAGUAUCCAAUUUGUUGGCUUUUGUCAUUAUGAUGGCGGUCUAUAUCCACAUAUUUGUCUAUGUCAAGAGGAAGAUGACGAGAAUGUCCCAACAUACAUCUUUCCAUCCAAAAUACAAGGAAACCAUGAUCAAUCUUAUGAAGACGGUCUUUAUUAUCCUGAGUGCUUUUGUGAUCUGCUGGACGCCUGGCCAAGUCGUUCUCCUUCUGGAUGGUCUAGGGUGCAAAUCCUGUAAUGUACUUGCUGUUGAGAAGUAUUUCCUCCUUUUGGCCGAGAUCAAUUCUGUAAUUAACCCAAUUGUCUACUCCUACCGGGACAAUGAAAUGAGGAACACCUUUAAGCAGAUACUCUGUUUCUUUUGCAACAGGGGCUCAAAAUAUACACCUUCUAUGAAAUCCACAAAUACUGAGAGGAGAAUAUUGUCUACCAAUGGACAUUUAAUGAGGGACUCAACCCUCUAGAGAUGUGCUGGUGGCAUCUGGAUGUUAAACUCUUACCUAACUUUUUUGGGUACCAGAAUAUUCACACCCCCUUGGAAUACUUUCCAGAAAACAUAGUGUGUAAACCCAGGAUUAACUGGAAGAGGGAGAUCACAUGACUGCAAGCAAGAAGGGGAGACGUAUCAAUUAUGGUUGAUAUAAUAUAGAGAUACAAACAAUUUGAGAACUUUUUGGCUUUGCCUUUUUUUAUAUAAGAAUGUUGCUGCUGCUGCUGCUGCAUCCAAAUUGCUUCCUUUUUUGGAAUGGACAUUUAUUUCCUAAAUCUAGUAAUGUUUUUUCCACUAUUAAUAUAAAAAUAUUUAUAUUUUUAAGAGUGAAAUAAAUCCCUUUUUUUUUUUUUUAAAAGUGUCUCUAUAGAAAACGUAUAGAUCAGUUCCAAAAAGUUUAAAUGAGACAUCAUAGUAUAGCCCACCUAGCUCUAGAGAGACGCGAAUCCGCAGAAAAACAGCAUAUAGUUACUGGUUACAUAGAGAAUAGAAUAAAGUGUGAGUGAGCAAAGACGCAGUUAAUAAAAAGUGAUAUAUUGCUGGAUUAGCCACAGGAUCGCUUACUUAUGUAUUUUACAUAACCAUCAUUUUCCACUAUAGACAGGUUGAAAAGGAAUAUGGGAAGGAGAUAUGUGAUGUAAUAAGUGGAAUAAUUGAGUUGUAUUAAAUGAACAUAGAGGAUGAACGUUUGUACAUUGUUGAUAAAUAGGUUACGUGUUUAUGUAUAUGAAAUGUACAGUAUGCUAGAUAUUUUGGGACAAUUAAAUGUUAAAAAAGAGCAGAAAAAUAAACUAUUGUAAAGUUGUA